CACUCCUCCCGGGCCUCUGCUCCCCGAGGGGGGAGGCUGGGUGGGAAGGGGCGUGUGCCAGCGCACGCGCGGUCCCGGGAAAGAGAGGUCUAGACGAGAGCAAGAGCGAGCGGCCCCAGUUUUGGGGAAGGGACUAUCAGGGCUGUCUGCGAGUGGCUGGGGCCAGACGGGGCCGAGUGGAGGAAAAGGGCACCAUGGCCACCCUCCUGCUGCUGCCCCUGCUGCUGCUGCUGCCGCUGCUGCUGCUGAAGCUGCGCCUCUGGCCGCAGUUGCGCUGGCUCGCGGCAGACUUGGCCUUCGCGGUGCGCGCCCUACGCUGCAAACGGGCUCUUCGAGCGCGCGCCUUGGCCUCGGCGACCGCCGACCCGGAAGGUCCCGAGGGGGGCUGCAGCCUGGCCUCGCGCCUCGCGCAAUUGGCUCGGCAGCGCGCCGCACACACCUUUCUCAUUCACGGCGCGCGGCGCUUUAGCUACGCGGAGGCCGACCGCGAGAGCAACCGGGCUGCGCGCGCCUUUCUGCGCGCUCGAGGCUGGGACGGGGGACCCGGCGGCGGCGCGGGGGGCACCGGGGAAGGCGAGCGGGCGGCGCAGGGCGCCCGAGACGCGGCGGCCGGAAGCGGCGCGGCGCCGGCCGCGUGGGAAGGGGAUGGCGCGGCCGAAGCUGGAAAAGCCGCUGUCCCUCUGGCACCCGGGGCCACCGUGGCGCUGCUCCUCCCCGCCUGCCCAGAGUUCCUAUGGCUCUGGUUCGGGCUGGCCAAGGCCGGUCUGCGCGCAGCCUUUGUGCCCACCGCCCUGCGCCGGGGUCCCCUACUGCACUGCCUCCGCAGCUGCGGCGCGCGCGCGCUCGUGCUGGCGCCAGAGUUCCUGGAGUCCCUGGAGCCUGACCUGCUGGCCCUGAGAGCCAUGGGGCUCUGCCUGUGGGCUGCAGGCCCCACAACCCAUCCUGCUGGAAUCGGCGAUUUGCUGGCUGAGGCCUCGGCUGAAGUGGAUGGGCCGGUGCCCGGGUACCUCUCUGCCCCCCAGAGCAUAAUGGACACGUGCCUGUACAUCUUCACCUCUGGCACCACGGGCCUCCCCAAGGCUGCUCGGAUCAGUCAUCUAAAGAUCCUGCAAUGCCAGGGGUUCUACCAGCUGUGCGGCGCCUGCCAGGAGGAUGUGAUCUACCUCGCCCUCCCACUCUACCACAUGUCUGGCUCCCUGCUGGGCAUUGUGGGCUGCCUGGGCAUUGGUGCCACAGUGGUGCUGAAGUCCAAGUUCUCGGCUGGUCAGUUCUGGGAGGACUGCCAGCAGCACGGGGUGACGGUGUUCCAGUACAUCGGGGAAUUAUGCCGGUACCUUGUCAACCAGCCCCCGAACAAGGCAGAACGUGGACAUAAGGUCCGGCUGGCAGUGGGCAGCGGGCUGCGCCCAGACACCUGGGAGCGUUUCAUGCGGCGCUUCGGGCCCCUGCAGGUGCUGGAGACGUACGGUCUGACAGAGGGCAACGUGGCCACUUUCAACUACACAGGAAGGCCGGGCGCCGUGGGCCGCGCCUCCUGGCUUUACAAGCAUGUCUUCCCCUUCUCUUUGAUUCGCUAUGAUGUCACCACAGGGGAGCCGAUCCGGGACACCCGGGGGCACUGUGUGGCCACACCUCCAGGUGAACCAGGGCUGCUGGUGGCCCCCGUGAGCCAGCAGUCCCCAUUCCUGGGCUACGCCGGGGGGCCAGAGCUGGCCCUCGGAAAGCUGCUGAAGGAUGUCUUCCGGCCUGGGGAUGUUUUCUUCAACACCGGGGACCUGUUGGUCUGCGAUGACCAGGGCUUUCUUCGCUUCCAUGAUCGGACUGGAGACACCUUCAGGUGGAAAGGGGAGAAUGUGGCCACAACGGAGGUGGCGGGGACCUUGGAGGCCCUGGAUUUUCUUCAGGAGGUGAACGUCUACGGAGUCACUGUGCCAGGGCACGAAGGCAGGGCUGGAAUGGCCGCCCUGGUUCUGCGUCCCCCCCACUCCUUGGACCUCAUGCAGCUCUAUGCCCAUGUUUCUGAGAACUUGCCACCUUAUGCCCGGCCUCGAUUCCUAAGGCUCCAGGAGUCUCUGGCCACCACAGAGACCUUCAAGCAGCAGAAGGUUCGGAUGGCGAAGGAGGGCUUUGACCCCAGUGUACUGUCCGACCCACUGUACAUUCUCGACCAGGCUAGGGGCGCCUACCUGCCCCUCACACCUGCUCGGUACAGUGCCCUCCUGGCUGGGGACCUUCGCAUCUGAGAGCCCUCCGUGCUGAGGCGUCUGAGGGAGGGACUUUGUGGGGUGGGGGCACUGCAGGUGUACAGGGGCUGUCAGAUAUCUUUUCUAUACCAGAUUUGUAAUCAUUAUUUUGUAAUAAAUGGGGCUGGAACCAAUCUGCCUCUGUCAUUCUGAUCU